AGCAGCACCGGAGCUUAAAGCCGGUGUCGGGAGCAGAGAAAACGGCGGCCUGGGGCAGGAACAGGAAGAGCGAGACGACAGGCUCCGAUUCCACCUCCAACAACCAACUCGCCGAAACUGAUCAGGGGAUAUUUCGAAUUACAUUUUAUUUCAAGGAUGUAACAGUUUCCAUUCUAUAUCUCAGUGGCGAUUUCGUCCGGGGGGAGAAAAAAAUGGGUUCAGGAGGCGGAGAUUCAUAUGACCAGCUGAUACAGUUUGAUUUAUCACGCUCCGUGUAACUGGAACUGUGGAAUGGCAUCAGCCCAUGUACUUGACUAACUGGAGUUCAAGCUGGACAAUAUUUCGCUGAAACUGGGCUGUUAUUUGACUUCACGUCUAUCGUAACUAUCUCCUCGCUCUACAUGCAGCGAUGGGUUGCUUCUGUGCUGCGCAGGAAGAAUUUUAUUGCGAAGUUUUGCUUUUAGACGAGACCAAGCUCACCCUAACUACCCAACAACAAGGAAUCAAAAAGUCCACCAAAGGGGCUAUUGUCUUGGAUUACGUAUUCAGACAUACAAACCUGAUGGAGACAGACUACUUUGGUUUGCGUUAUUGUGACAGAAGUCAUCAAACGUACUGGCUUGAUCCCACAAAAACACUUGCUGAACACAAGGAUCUUAUAAACACUGGCCCACCAUACACACUAUAUUUUGGUGUAAAGUUCUAUGCAGAAGAUCCUUGUAAACUAAAAGAAGAAAUAACAAGAUAUCAGUUUUUUCUGCAGGUCAAACAGGAUGUUCUCCAAGGUCGGCUGCCCUGUCCUUUAGAUAUUGCCUCUCAACUGGGUGCUUAUGCUAUCCAGUCUGAACUUGGAGACUAUGACCCUUAUAAACACACAGCAGGUUAUGUGUCUGAAUAUCGAUUUGUUCCUGAUCAGAAGGAGGACCUUGAAGAAGCAAUAGAACAAUUCCAUAAAGCAUUAAGGGGUCAAGUUCCUGCAGAGGCAGAACUCAAUUACUUACAAGUUGCCAAAUUAUUAGAGAUGUAUGGAGUUGACCUCCAUCCAGUUUUUGGCGAAAACCAGACGGAGUAUUUUUUAGGAUUAACGCCAGUUGGGAUUGUUGUUUACAAGAACAAAAUCCAAGUUGGAAAGUAUUUCUGGCCACGGAUAACCAAGGUGAACUUCAGAGAAACCCAGUUUGAGCUAAGAGUACUAGGCAAAGAUUGUACUGAAACAUCAUACUUCUUUGAGGUACCCAAUAAAGCAGCCUGUAAGCAUCUAUGGCGAUGUUGUGUGGAACAUCAUACAUUUUUCAGAUUACCCGAAUCCGAUGAGUAUUCAAAUUCUAUGUCCCGAAAACUUAUCAAGCUGGGAUCUCUCGGGUACAGACAUCGAUACAGUGGUAAGACUGCAUUUCAACUAAACCGAGACCAAUCCAUUGAGCUUCCACGGCCAGAUCAGAAUGUGAAAAGAACUCGCAGUAAAACGUACCCUAAACGGACAAUUCAUCCCCAACAGUCAGGUCCAAACAGUGUUAGUCCUAGUCAUAUCAAAACAGACCGUACGGAAUAUGAUGGCACCACCAAAGUUAUUGCACCUUCACCAAUGAAAAGCUCCAAGGUGACCAAACAGGAUAGUAGUCCAGACACACAAAUCAAACCCAGUGCACCAUGGAAAGAAAAUGGUCCCCAAGGCGGAUUAUACAUUUCUCCAAGUGAACGCAACAAAUCACCAAAAUUCCCUCAUCCUAAACGACGGACUCCUUCUGGAGGAAGCGAUAAUGAGACAGGUCAGCCUGGGAGACGAAGGAAGAACCAAAACAAUGGAGGGAAUAUAGAUUCAAAGCAACAAAAGAGAAGGUCCCGGUCCCGUGGAAACACCAGUGGCAGUGGUAGUGAGUCUGAAAAUUCCAGUAGAGAGCGUAAAAGACGUAACAGAUCACGACAAGAGAAUGAGAUGGUGGACUCGGCUCCUCAAUGGGAACAAGUGCUAAGGAGGCAAAAAGAACGAUCAAUGGCUGAUCCCAACAACAGACGUUCAAAGCAUAGGUCACGAUCGAGAAGUCCUGACAUACAAGCAAAGGAAGAACUCUGGAAGCAUAUUCAGAGAGAACUGGUAGAUCCAAUUGGUUUAACAGAAGAAGAGCUGAAAGAGAUACCAUACACCAAAGUAGAGACUCAAGGUAACCCCAUACGCAUCAGGCAUUCACAUUCACCUCGAAGUUUUCGUCAGUAUCGACGCUCUCAAUGUUCUGAUGGAGAACGAUCUGUUCUUUCAGAAGUAAAUGCCAGGACUGACCUGGUGCCACCACUGCCUGUGACCCGUGCUUCAGAUGCUCAGGACCGUCACGGAUCGUCUUCCACAUUAAAUCAGAAGCGAAAUAAAUCUGAAGGUUGUACAACAGAAGGAAAGACACACACUUCAAGUGAUGACUGGGAUUCAAAAUUCAGUGUUAAAACUUCGAGAACUAUGCAGACACCACGGAUCAAGACUGAGACCUGACUCCUUUAACUUACUAAUUGAGGAAAGCUUUGGGCAUGCAAUGACAUAGGAACAAUUCUACUAUAGCAUUACCAUGAGAGACUAUUUGUUUUGAGGCUAGUAUCUUGGACUGUCUUUCUGGAAUUUAUGACCAUCAUUUUUAUA